AUUAAUAUAUAUAAACAAUAAACUAAUUACAGUAAAAUUACAUUUAUAUCAAUAAAAAAAUAAAAUGUUAAGGUAUAUAGCCUAUCUUGUAUUAUUACUAACUAUAAGUGGAGCACAGGCUCAUGAUCGUUGUGAAUCACUUAAAACUCAAGAUGCAUGUCAUUCAGAAGCAGGUUGUAUGGUAGUAAAUUAUAAAAAAUGUUGUGGUGAACAACAAUGGACAUGUAUUGAAGGUUCUCAAGAACAAUGCCCAUGGCAAAAUAUGUGCUAUAAGAAUAAAGAAGAUAUUAUUGAAGUCUCCAAUGCAUGUUAUAAACCAGCUGGUUUUGAAUUGUUUACACCACCAAACCCAUCAUGCUCACAAGCUAAACAAGAUGCAUGUGGUAAAAAAGGUUUGGCCUGUAAAUGGCAAAGACUUGAUUGCAAAAACCCAACAUCAUGUUGUCCAGGUUACGAAGUUUGUGAUGGUGAAGAACCAACCUACACUCCAAGCCCAACUCCAACUCCAACUCCAACCCCAAGUCAUUCAUCAGGAGGUUCAUCAAGUGGUGGAAAUUUGUGUGGUGGAAGAAAUUGCCCACCUGGAUCACAUUGCACUCAAAUUAAUGGUGAAGAAACUUGUAUUAUUUCCACAACUGGCUCCGCAACUUUCGGUGUUUCUUCUUCAUCAACAGGUGGCUCACCAACUUCAGGUGGAUCUUCAUGUUUAACAACUGAGUGCCCAAUUGGUACACAAUGUGUUGAAGAAAAUGGUGAAGUACAUUGCUUAUCACCAAGCUCAUCAACCUCUGGUGGUCAUACUGGUGGACACACUGGUGGACACACUGGUCAUAGUAGUGGUCAUACCAGCGGCAAUGUAGAUGGCUGUUCCAAUGUACAAUGCCCCCCCUACUUUGAAUGUGAAACUCAUGAUGGUGUUUCCAAAUGCGUCAAAAAAGGAAACCCAUGUGACUCGACACAUUGCCCAGAACAUUUCCACUGCGAAGCAAAUGGUUCAUUAGCCAAGUGUGUUGCAGAUGCCUCACAUGAUCCAUGUAAAAACUUUAAUUGCCCAGAUAAGUUCCAUUGUGUUGCAGAAAAUAAUGAAGGUAAAUGUGAACCAAAUGGCCCACAUCACCCACAUGAAAAAUGUAAUGUCCAUUGUCCACCACACCAUGAAUGCAAAAUUGAACAUGGUAUAAAGAAAUGUGUUUUUUCAGGCCACCCACCACCACCAAAACCACACGAAUGUAAGAAGAGAUGCCCACCACAUCAUGAAUGCAAAUUUAUUCAUGGAGAAGAAAGAUGCCUCCCAUCAGGCCACCCACCACCACCACCACCACCAAAACCACACCAUUGCAAGAAGAAAUGCCCACCACACCAUGAAUGCAAAUUUAUUCAUGGAGAAGAAAGAUGCCUCCCAUCAGGUCAUGGUGAUGAUCAUGACCAUGAUCAUUCAAAGAAAUGUUUAACUUGCAGAGAUAUGAAUUGUGAAAGAAAAGGAUUAUCUUGUACAAUGAAACCAGUACCAAUUAACAGAGAUGAUUGCUGUGAAAGAGUUCCAGUUUGUUAUUAUGACAGAAACAGAAACCAUAACAAUCACAAUGAUGGUGGUUUUGGUUAUAAUCUUUAAAAAACAUUUUAAAUAAAAUUAAUAAAUAUAAAUUUUUUUUUUAAAUAAAAAAUAACUUUAUUCUUUUAUUUGAAAAU